UGCAACUCCACAGCCCUGCCUGACCUUCCUCAUGAGCUCCCCCGCCCCCACUCCCAGACCUUCCUAAACCAGGUGGCCAGCCAGCAACACGACAGCUGACUUUGCACUUACACUACGCCAGGUCAAGUCCUCAUCGACUGACUCCCGCCACUCUCGUCCCACGAAAUCCCCUUCAGCAAUUGUCUCUGUCUUUUCAAUCUUCAGAGACCAAACUUAGUACCCGCACAUUCAAGCGACACUGCUCGUACCGACGACACAACAUGUGCCGAUUCGCAGGUGGUCUUGAGCAGACCGGCGGUGCCAACCCCGACCCGAAGGCCCAGCGCGAGCUCCUUCCCACCAAUGUCGUCCCAAAGCACUACGAUGUGACGCUCGAGCCCAACUUUGAGAAGUUCACGUUUGAAGGCACUGCCAUCAUCGACUUUGAUGUCCAGGAGGACUCCAAGUCUAUCGCUCUCCACACCCUGGAGCUCGACAUCCACAGCGCACACAUCAAGUCUGGUGAAAGCAUUGUCACAUCAUCUUCAGCCAUCACCUACGACGAGCCGAAGCAAGUCUCCACGAUCGAACUGAAGGAUGUCGUCCCCAAGGGCAAGUGCCAGUUGGAGGUCAAGUUCACUGGCCAGCUGAACGACAAGAUGGCUGGUUUCUACCGCUCCACAUAUAAGAAGCCAGACGGCUCUGAGGGCAUCCUCGCCACGACCCAGAUGGAAGCCAACGACUGCCGCAGAGCGUUCCCCUGCUUCGACGAGCCGUCUCACAAGGCUACCUUUGGCAUCACCCUGAUUGCUGACAAGCACUUGACCUGCUUGAGCAACAUGGAUGUUGCGUCCGAGUCAGAGAUCAAGUCCGAGGUUACCGGAACGACAAAGAAGGUUGUCAAGUUCAACCCAACGCCGCUGAUGUCGACUUAUCUGUGUGCCUUCAUCGUGGGCGAACUCAACUACAUCGAGACCAACGCCUUCCGUGUACCCAUCAGAGUCUACGCACCGGCCAGCUCGGAUAUCGAGCAUGGGCGUUUCUCUCUGGAGCUUGCUGCCAGGACUUUGAAGUACUACGAGCAGCAGUUCGGACACGACUUUCCCCUUCCCAAAAUGGACAUGGUUGCCAUUCCCGACUUUGCUGCUGGUGCCAUGGAGAACUGGGGCCUCAUCACUUACCGUGUCGUUGAUCUCAUGCUCGAUGAGAAGGCUAGCGGUGCUGCCACCAAGGAGCGCGUGGCCGAGGUUGUCCAGCACGAGCUCGCCCACCAGUGGUUCGGUAACUUGGUUACCAUGGACUGGUGGGAGGGUCUUUGGCUUAACGAGGGUUUCGCCACCUUGAUGAGCUGGUUGAGCUGCAACCAUUUCUGGCCUGAGUGGAAGGUGUGGGAGAGCUACGUCACGGACAACCUCCAAAGUGCUUUGGCAUUGGACUCGCUCCGCAGCAGUCACCCAAUUGAAGUACCGGUCAAGCGCGCAAGCGAAGUCGACCAGAUCUUCGAUGCCAUUUCCUACUCGAAGGGCUCUUGUGUGCUGCGCAUGAUCUCCACGUACCUUGGCGAGGAUAUAUUCCUGGAAGGUGUCCGCAGAUACAUCAAGAAGCACGCAUACGGCAACACCCAGACAGAAGACCUCUGGCAGGCGCUGGAGGAUGCUAGUGGCAAGCCCGUCAGAGAGAUCAUGUCUAUCUGGACCAAGAAUGUCGGUUACCCUGUCGUACAGGUUACUGAGAAUGCAGGGGACAACACGAUUCACGUCAAGCAGAACCGCUUCCUGCGCACUGGUGAUGUGAAGCCAGAGGAGGACACUGUCCUCUACCCGGUCUUCCUUGGAUUGCGUACUCAGGAUGGCAUUGACGAGACCGUCACUCUUAGCAAGAGGGAAGACAACUUCAAGGUCAAGGACACCGAUUUCUUCAAGCUCAACGCCAACCACACGAGCAUUUACCGGACAUCGUACUCUCCCGAGCGUCUAGCUAAGCUUGGCCAGGCUGCCAAGGACGGUCGCCUCACUGUGGAGGACCGAGCUGGUAUGAUUGCCGAUGCUGGUGCUCUUGCCACAUCUGGUUACCAGAAGACUUCAGGAGUACUCAACCUGCUCAAGGGAUUUGACAGUGAGGAAUCUUUUGUUGUGUGGAGCGAGAUCAUUGGCAGGGUCGCCGCGGUCCAGGGCGCGUGGAUCUUCGAGGACGCGGCGGUCAGGGACGGCAUCGAAUCGUUCUUGAAGGACAUUAGUAGCAAGCGUGCGCACCAGAUCGGAUGGGAGUUUUCGGAGAAGGACGGCCACAUUGAGCAGCAGUUCAAGGCCAUGCUGUUUGGUGCUGCCGGCAUGGCAGGAGACAAGCAGAUCAUUGCUGCCGCCAAGGACAUGUUCAACAAGUUCAUGGCCGGGGACAGGUCCGCCAUCCACCCCAACAUCCGUGGCAGCGUCUUCGGCAUGGCGCUAAAGUACGGCGGCAAGGAGGAGUACGACCACGUCCUCAAUUUCUUCCGCAGCAGCUCCAACAGCGACGAGCGCAACACAGCUAUGCGGUCGCUCGGUCGCGCCCGCGACCCCGAGCUCAUCAAGCGGACACUUGAGCUGUCCCUGAGUGGCGAGGUGAAGAACCAGGACCUGUACCUGCCCAUUGCCGGCCUCCGAAGCCACGCAGAGGGCAUCACUGCACUGUUCGAAUGGCUGCAGGAGCAGUGGCCUGAGCUUCACAAGAGACUCAAUGGCAACCCGAACAUGCUGGGAUCGAUGGUGACGAUAUGCACGGCUGGCUUCACGCGGGCGGAGCAACUGGAGCAGGUUGAGGCUUUCUUCAAGGACAUUGACACCAAGUCGUUUGACCAGGCGUUGGCGCAGAGCAAGGACUCGAUCCGCAGCAAGAUCUCGUGGAUUGAGCGUGACGGCAAGGACGUGGCUGACUGGGUUGACGCCAACGGCUACCGGGCGAACCUGUAGAAGGUCAGAUGAUGUAGCUCACCAAUGAAAAGAGACAGUAAAUACACGGAUUUGGAUAUCA